AUGUUGCAGGGAAGGAAAGGUGAAUCGCGAGCGAGGACAAAGAGGUAAAGGGGUCACGGGGGGGGGAGGGGAGAGAAGGAUCCAGAGACCCCUGCCAGCUCCCCAAAGCGCCUUUCGUCGGCCCCACGGGCAGGGCCUGGAUCCCUGCACGCCUGCUGCGAAGGGGGCUUUCUGUGGCCCCUUAGGCGCCUUGGCAGCGGCGGACAUGGGGACCCCACCCAGGGGAUCCCAUCGAGGACCCCUUUGCCCCGUUUCCUCCACGCAGGCAUCCCUGUGUCCCUGUGGGAUCUGCACGGAGAAAGGCGGGGCAUGAAUGGGUUAAAGUGCGCGAGGGACGCCUGGAUAGAGACCCCCGUGUGACUCGUGUUGGGGGGGGCGUCCUCUGGAUGGGGCACGCAGGGCGAGGGCUGAGGGAGAGGGAGGGGGUCAAGGAAGUCGGGGGGAGCAUCCCUGGGGCAGGGAAAGGCAGCACUGGCGUGGGGGGGGGGGAGAUCAAGGAAGACCAGUCGUUGGGGAGACGUCUCCAUCCUGACGCACGCGGGGAAUCUCCAGAGUGGCCACCUUGGCUUCUCCCUGCGGCCCAGGAAUCCACCACCCUUUCAAGACGACCAAAGAGGGAUCCCUGGAAAGUGGGGGGUCCUGUCCCCCCCACCCCUUCCUUCCUGCAAGCUCCAUCCUCUUCCCACCCCAUAAGCCCCUGCCCUGUCCAGUGGCAGCGGUUCAAAUCAGGAGAGGAAGAGAGUAGGGGAGAGGCCUUCUCAGAAGCGGCUCUUUGUUUCCGCAAUCCCACCCAGGAAGCAGCCAGAAACCUUUUCCUCUCUCUCAGGCUUCCAUCUUUAUUGUCUUUUCCACUGCCUGGUUCAUUGAGGGUGAGGAUAAUGUACACCUGUCCUCAGAAACAGGGGUUCAGAGUCCAUGGAAUGGCUCUCAGGAUUGAUACAGAAGUUGUACCUCAAAGGCAUUUCUGUUGCUCUUAUUUUUGGUAGGCAGUGUCAGAGUGACUGACAUCAGCAUCCGAUGACAGUGAUUGCAUGAAUCUUCCAGUCAAAGGACCCAUUUUCAGGAUAGACAGUGCCUGUGGCUGGAGGCUCUACAUACAAGGUGUGCCUAUACAGGCCAAAGACUGCCAGUAUUAGCACAGGUGAGCUGUGUGACCUCCCCUAAUUUACAGACUGUAUGUGAAUGAGUGUUUGUGGGGGGGAUUAUAGUUUAUGGCAACCCUGUGAUUUUCUCCACCCAUAACAUUUUGUGAGUUGAUAUUGCAGAACAAAUUCCAAAAUAAUCACAGUGGUACCUCUGGUUACAUACGCUUCAGUUUACAGACUCCUCUAACCCAGAAAUAGUACCUCGGGUUAAGAACUUUGCUUCAGGAUGAGAACAGAAAUCGUUCUCUGGCGGCGCGGGGGCAGCAGGAGGCCCCAUUAGCUAAAGUGGUGCUUCAGGAUAAGAACAGUUUCAGGUUAAGUAUGAACCUCCGGAACGAAUUAAAUCUUUAACCCAAGGUACCACUGUACAAAAAAAUCUCAAUAUAAUAAGAAUGAUUGUAGUAUUUAUACGCUGCCUAUCUGGCUGGGUUUCCCCAGCCACUGUGGGCAGCUUACAAUACAUAUAAAAGACAGUAAAACAUCAGACAUUAAAAACCUCCCGAUACAGGGCUGCCUUCAGCGGUCUUCCAAAUGUCAGAUAGUUGCCCAUUUCCUUGCCCUCUGCCUGCUUCCCUGUAACUUCGCUUCUCAUGGGGGGGGGGUUCAACCAGCAGAAGACCCUCGAAGGAGGACCUCAGCAUACAGACUGAGCGAUGGGGGUGGAGACGCUCCUUCAGGUCUACAGAGAGUGAGGCUGUAGGGCUUUAGGUCAAUGAUCUUGCUCCUCCAUAAUGAUUUCCACAGCAAGUCCGACAUACAAUUAGCAGAGUAGGAAAUAAAGCUCAGAGACAGCAAAAAAUUCCUUCAGCAAAUAAAUUUGUGACUGAAGGCAUAACAGGAAUCUAUGCCUGAAAAAUGCAACCACAGCAAUUUAAAGGUCAGCACCAACAAUGUGAAAUGUGCUCAGAAAUGUACUGGGAGUCAGUGAAGAUCCUUUUGGACUGGUGUUAUGUUGUCUCAAUGGCUGCUCCCCUUCUGUUCUAUAGCUGCCACAUUCUGGAUUAGUUGCAGUUUACGAGUCACCUUCAGAGAUGGCCCCAUGUAGCACAUGGCAGUAGUCCAAGCGGGAGAUCACCAGAGCAUGCACCACUCUGGGGAGACAGUCUCCAGGCAUGGAGGGUCUCAGCUAGCAUACCUUCGCUUCACAUGGGGGGGGGGGGGUUUCAACCAGCAGAAGACCCUCAAAGGAGGACCUCAGUGUACAGACUGAGUGAUGGGGGUGGAGACAAAUUAAAGGUCAUCACCAACAAUGUGAAUUGUGCUCAGAAAUGUACUGGGAGUCAGUGAAGAUCCUUUCGGACUGGUGUCUCAGCGGCUGCUCCCCUUCUGUAGUCUAGCUGCCACAUUCUGGUUUAGUUGCAGCUUACGAGUCACCUUCAAAGGUAGCUCCAUGUAUCACAUGGCAGUAGUCCAAGCGGGAGAUCACCAGAGGAUGCACCAGUCUGGGGAGACAGUCUCCAGGCAUGGAGGGUCUCAGCCAGCGUACCAGAAGGAGCUGGCAGACAACUGCCCUGGACACAGAACUGACCUGCACCUCCAUGGACAGCUAUGAGUCCAAAAUGACACCCAGGCUUUGCACCUGGUCCUUCAGGGGCACACUUACCCUGUGCAGGACCAGGGAAUCCUCCACACCUGCCUGCCCUCUCUCCCCCCAAAACAACACAUGUGCCGCACUGGUUCCAAUUUGAAAGAGAGGAAGAGCUGAGUAUCAUCCACAUACUGGGGAACACCCAGCCCAAACCUCCUGAUGAUCUCUCCCAGUGGUUUCAUGUAGAUAUUAAAAAGCAUGGGGGAGAGGAUGGAGCCCUGAGGCACCCCACAAGUGAGCGCCCAGGGAUUUAGCUGGCCGGUUGAAGCCUUUGCUUGGAUCACGGCCCCUGUUGCAUGCUGACAGGUUCUGGAAGCCACAGGUGAGAGAUGAGUGCAGGGUGGGGGCCAAUGGUGGAAAUAUUACCCCAGAAGGCGGACUACAUUUCCCCCAGCAAAGGUACUACCGCUCCCCUAACACCUCAAGACAUCCUAUAAUUAUUAUAUUUAAAACUGUUAAGGAAAAAUCCAGGUGUGAGGCUGCUCAGUCACCCAGCUCGUUGGGCAGAGCCCGGGGGUCCCUGUGGAAUAAAGGAAGGAUUCCAGCCACCAACUGGAGCAAAUAGCUGUAGACCAAAAUUUAUUGCACAAUAGGUUCAAAGAGCAAAUUUGAACCCCGAGGAUGGGGUGACAAAGACUUUUAAAACUUUCCCACCACAUCCCAGAAUACAGUUCGAAAGGGAGGGGUUAACCUUGGCAAACAUGCAGACAUGGCAGGGCAAGACUCAGGUAUAAGAUUAGCAUAGACAAAUAUGUCUUAAGUACCCACCACCCAAAAGUACAAUAGAAGUUCUUUUUCAUGUCUGGAGCCUGAGGCGAGUCAGGUGAUGAGAUUUGGCUUCCUUUGGCUAACAAUGAGCCCAGCAAUUGUCCCCUCUGGGAACUUCCGGGAGUCCUUUUUCAAGGGGAAAAUAGCUUUGGAAUGGAGGAAACGAGAUGAUUUUAUAUUAUUUUUAAAACUAGGUAACUUCCCUGAGCAGUCAAGUUGAAAGGAUACAUUCAGGCAUAAUAUUUGUAAUAUUUAACUUUAAAGAUGUGCCCCCUUCCCCCGUAAUUUCCGUAACAUUUCCCCCCUUCGGAGAUAAAUUUCCUUAGGUUCCGUAGGAACUGCAAAUAUUUUCUCCGCACUUAACUACAGUUCAGACAUAGACAUAUUUCCCACCCCCCUUUAGUCCCGUAUGUUAUAUAGAUAUGCACUAAAUGAUAACUUGGUAUCCACCCUUCCAGAUGUGUGGGUUUAUGUAAACCUGAAAGGGACUUGCAAGUCACACCUCUUAAGGUCAUUUGCAAGUAUAGCAGUGGACAUAGCUGGAUAUAGGAUAUCACAUAAAAAGAACACCUGUUGCAUUUUGUUACUAAAUUACUUGUGGCAUUCUAGCUCAAUAGUGGUCUAUGCUUUUCACUUAGCAGGAAGGUCCAGUAACGAUUGAAAAAUGCAGUUUGCUUUGUUCUCCGCAUUUUUUUGUGUGUUCUCAGGUGUCAAGCUAGCUCUCCUCUGGUCUCACAACGCCAUGGUGGCACAGCAGUGGCAAUCCCUGGCGAAUCCACUUAGGGCUUUCAUAUCAACCAUGACGCCUGGCACUCACCAUAGCUAGCACAGGAUGGACAUGUCAUGAGAGAAAUGUCUUUGCCUUGGCCUUUCUAUGGGGUUUUAUUAUUAUAGACUCUGGUCUUGCACUCAUGGGAAGUUGCUCACUUGCACUCAUAGAAUCAUAGAAUCAUAGAGUUGGAAGAGACCACAAGGGCCAUCGAGUCCAACCCCCUGCCAAGCAGGAAACACCAUCAGAGCACUCCUGACAUAUGGUUGUCAAGCCUCUGCUUAAAGACCUCCAAAGAAGGAGACUCCACCACACUCCUUGGCAGCAAAUUCCACUGUCGAACAGCUCUUACUGUCACGGAGUUCUUCCUAAUGUUUAGGUGGAAUCUUCUUUCUUGUAGUUUGGAUCCAUUGCUCCGUGUCCGCUUCUCUGGAGCAGCAGAAAACAACCUUUCUCCCUCCUCUAUGUGACAUCCUUUUAUAUAUUUGAACAUGGCUAUCAUAUCACCCCUUAACCUCCUCUUCUCCAGGCUAAACAUUCCCAGCUCCCUUAGCCGUUCCUCAUAAGGCAUCGUUUCCAGGCCUUUGACCAUUUUGGUUGCCCUCCUCUGGACACGUUCCAGUUUGUCAGUGUCCUUCUUGAACUGUGGUGCCCAGAACUGGACACAGUACUCCAGGUGAGGUCUGACCAGAGCAGAAUACAGUGGCACUAUUACUUCCCUUGAUCUAGAUGCUAUACUUCUAUUGAUGCAGCCCAGAAUUGCAUUGGCUUUUUAGCUGCCGCGUCACACUGUUGGCUCAUGUCAAGUUUGUGGUCAACCAAGACUCCUAGAUCCUUUUCACAUGUACUGCUCUCAAGCCAGGUGUCCCCCAUCUUGUAUUUGUGCCUCUCAUUUUUUUGCCCAAGUGCAAUACUUUACAUUUCUCCCUGUUAAAAUUCAUCUUGUUUGUUUUGGCCCAGUUCUCUAAUCUGUCAAGGUCAUUUUGAAGUGUGAUCCUGUCCUCUGGGGUGUUAGCCACCCCUCCCAGUUUGGUGUCAUCUGCAAAUUUGAUCAGGAUGCCCUUGAGUCCAUCAUCCAAGUCGUUGAUAAAGAUGUUGAAUAAGACCGGGCCCAAGACAGAACCCUGUGGCACCCCACUAGUCACUCUUCUCCAGGAUGAAGAGGAACCAUUGAUGAGCACCCUUUGGGUUCAGUCAGUCAGCCAGUUACAAAUCCACUGAGUGGUAGCAUAGUCAAGACCGCAUUUUACCAGCUUCUUUACAAGAAUAUCAUGGGGCACCUUGUCAAAUGCCUUGCUGAAAUCAAGGUAGGCUACAUCCACUGUGUUCCCUUCAUCUACCAGGCUUGUAAUUCUGUCAAAAACGAGAUCAGGUUAGUCUGACAUGACUUAUUUUUCAGAAAUCCAUGCUGACUAUUGGUGAUCACAGCAUUCCUUUCUAGGUGCUCACAGACUGUUUGCUUAAUGAUCUGCUCCAGAAUCUUCCCUGGUAUUGAUGUCAGACUGACUGGGCGGUAAUUAUUUGGGUCCUCUCUUUUCCCCUUUUUGAAAAUAGGGACAACAUUUGCCCUCCUCCAGUCUGCCGGGACUUCGCCUGUUCUCCAGGAAUUCUCAAAGAUGGCUGCCAGUGGUUCUGAGAUCACAUCUGCCAGUUCUUUUAAUACUCUUGGAUGCAGUUCAUCUGGCCCUGGAGACUUGAAUACAUCUAAACUAGGCAAGUAUUCUUGUACUAUCUCCUUAGUUAUUCUGGGCUGUGUUUCCUCUGCUGAAUCAUUUGCUCCAAAUUCUUCAGGUCGGGCAUUGUUUUCUUUAUCGGAGAAGACUGAGGCAAAGAAGGCAUUGAGGAGUUCAGCCCUUUCUGUGUCCCCUGUUUUCAUUUCACCAUCUUCUCCUCUGAGUGACCCCACUGUUUCUUUGUUCUUCCUUUUGCUACGAACAUACCCAUAGAAGCCUUUUUGUUGCUUUUAACCUCUCUAGCAAGCCUGAGUUCCUUCUGUGCUUUAGCUUUUCUGACUUUGUGUCUACACGUGCUGGCUAUUUGUUUGAAUUCCUCUUUGGUGGUUUCCCCCCUUUUCCAUUUUUUGUACACAUCCUUUUUUUAAUCUUAACUCAGUUAAAAGUUCUUUAGAUAGCCACCCUGGCUUCUUUAGGCACCUUCCAUGUUUCCGUCUCAUUGGUAUUGCCUGACGUUGUGCUUUUACUAUCUCCCUCUUAACAAACUCCCAGCCAUCAUGAACUCCCUUUCCUUUUAGUAUUACUGUCCAUGGGAUCUCACCCAGCACUUCCCUAAGUUUUAUGAAGUCGGCUUUCUUAAAGUCAAGAAAUUGAGUCCUAGUAUGCUUGGCUGCUCCUUUCCGCUGUAUAGUAAACUUCAGAAGAGCAUGAUCACUCGCGCCUAAUGAUCCUUCCACUUCUACCCCACUAACCAGGUCAUCAACAUUGGUUAGGACCAGAUCUAAAAUGGCUGUUCCUCUUGUUGCUUCUCCCACUUUCUGGACAAUGAAGUUGUCUGCAAGGCCAGUGAGGAAUCUGUUUGACCUUAUGCUCUUGGCUGAGUUUGACAUCCAACAAAUAUCCGGGUAAUUGAAGUCCCCCAUUACUACUAUCUCCCUUCCUUUUGCAUGCUUGGCCAUCUGUUCCAGGAAGGCAUCAUCUAUGUCCUCCGUUUGGCUUGGGGAUCUAUAGUAAACUCCCACAAUGAGGUCACUCUUAUUCUUCUCUCCCUUAAUUUUGACCCAAAUGCUCUCACUUUGGCUUUGAGGUUCUAAAUCUUGGAUCUCUUCACAGGUAUACACAUCCCUGACAUAUAAUGCCACUCCUCCUCCUUUCUUGUCUGGUCUGUUUCUCUGAAAUAGAUUGUAUCCCUCCAUUAUUACAUUCCAAUCGUGGGACUUAUCCCACCAGGUUUCAGUGAUGCCUAUUAUGUCAUAUUUAGUUUGCUGUACCAAGAGCUCAAGCUCAUCUUGUUUAUUUCCCAUGCUUUGCGCAUUAGUGUACAGACAUUGAAGUCCAUUAAUCAUUCCCCCGUGUCUCUUAUUUAAGGAUUUUUUCCUCCCACCACCAGGUCUGCGUGCUGUUUGCUCCAUUUGGUCUAUGACAUUUGGAUGAUCAUCUUCAUCAAUUGAUAGACUCCUACCUUCAGGAGCACUGUCUCCCUCCCCCACAUUAGUCAGUUUAAAGCCCUCCUGAUGAGGUUUCUGAGAUUUUUGGCAAAAACAUUUCUCCCAACCGUUGUGAGGUGCAGCCCAUCGCUUGCCAGAAGUCCAUCUUCAAGAAACUGCAGUCCAUGAUCUAAGAAUACACAUGCACAGAAAGAGAAGGGUAAAAAUUCAAGAAAGUUUAAAAAAUAAAAAGCAAAAAAUUAGAUUACCAGUCAGAUGAAAACGGACUUGAAACAAAGACAUCAGAUUUAGAAGAGAAUCAUUAUUAAAUAAUACAAAGAUAUUAUCAAAACCACACAGAUUACUUGUUGUUGUUUAGUCGUUUAGUCGUGUCCGACUCUUCGUGACCCCAUGGACCAGAGCACGCCAGGCACUCCUGUCUUCCACUGCCUCCCACAGUUUGGUCAGACUCAUGUUAAUAAUAAUAAUAAUAAUAAUAAUAAUAAUAAUAAUAAUAAUAAUUUAUUUAUACCCCGCCCAUCUGGCUGGGCUUCCCCAGCCACUGUUUGUAGCUUCAAGAACAAUGUCCAACCAUCUCAUCUCUGUCGUCCCCUUCUCCUUGUGCCCUCAAUCUUUCCCAACAUCAGGGUCUUUUCCAAGGGGUCUUCUUUUCUCAUGAGGUGGCCAAAGUAUUGGAGCCUCAGCUUCACAAUCUGUCCUUCUAGUGAGCACUCAGGGCUAAUUUCCUUAAGAAUGGAUAGGUUUGAUCUUUUUGCAGUCCAUGGGACACUCAAGAUUCUCCUCCAGCACCAUGAUUCAAAAGCAUCAAUUCCUCGGCGAUCAGUCUUCUUUAUGGUCCAGCUCUCACUUCCAUACAUCACUACUGGGAAAACCAUGGCAUUAACUAUACAGACCUUUGUUGGCAAGGUUAUGUCUCUGCUUUUUAAGAUGCUGUCUAGGUUUGCCAUCGCCUUUCUUCCAAGGAGCAGGCGUCUUUUAAUUUUGUGACUGCUGUCACCAUCUGCAGUGAUCAUGGAGCCCAAGAAAGUAAAAUCUCUCACUGCCUCCAUUUCUUCCCCUUCUGUUUGCCAGGAGGUGAUGGGCCCAAAUUACUACUGGACUGAAAAAAAUGGGGAAACAAUGAAAAAAGCUUAAAAUUCACCAUGUGCUAUCUGAUAAAAGAACUUCAUGAAAAUGUCUUUCAACAUGUGAUGGACAUGUCCCCAAAGUAAAACACACACAUAUUCACACACACACAAAUGACCUAUGAGGAACCAAAAAUAAUAAAUGCUAGGACACACACAUUUUAAGAAACCUGAAGUAAUCUGUUUUGGCAUUCUAACAUCCCAAAUGAAAAUAAAAGAGUGUUUCUUGAUGUGACAGCAUCGGCUAGAAUGUUAAUAGCAAAAUACUGGGAAAUGAGUUAAUACCAAGAAAAAAUGAAUGGCAAUUUAAAGUUGUGCAAGUACCUUUAACUAGCCACAAUGACAGAUUUAAUAUUUGUAAUAUUUAACUUUAAAGAUGUGCCCCCCCCCGUAAUUUCCGUAGCAAGACAGAUCAGGAAUAAAUUCAUAUCUCAAGAAAUAACAAAACUUCAAGUUGUUAAUGAAUCAAUACUACAUAUUCAAGGUUGACUAAGUACAGUUACCACCUUGACUUUAAUGUCCAGCUUUUUCAGUGCCAGAUUAGGAUAGUCCUGUGUCAGAAGACGGGCAUGAGAUCAGGCAGCACACCAUUAUUAUAAAGAACAAUUGGGGUUGGUGUUUCUGUCUGGGAUUCACAUGCUCCAGCUGCUUUCCUUCUGCAUCUCCUGCUCUCUCCAUGCAAUGUGAGGCAUGUAGAUAGUGUCAGGAGAUCAGCCUACACUCAAGUAAGACCCUGGCAGAGACACAUGCACGGCUGGCAUGUUCUCUCCCUCCUGGUCGGUUUUUUCAGGAGCUUCAUAAGCUUUCUUUAGCCCGAACAUCACAGCGACCGAUGCCAACCGACACCAGCACACUUAGGCAUCAACAGAGUUUGUGCAGCUUGCACGUGACAGACCUCAGCAACUCAGCAUGUUGGCUAAUCUACUUUAUUUACAUAUAAACACACACAGAGCACUGCAACAUGGCUCCCUCUCUCUCUAGCAUCAGACAGCAAAGAGAAAAAGACAAAGGACAAUAGUCCCACUUCACUGAACACUGUAACACACACAUCCUGUCUCCGUCACUUCCAACUCAAACAUAUACCGUCAUGUGAAAGACAACAAUCCUAUGACUGCAAUCAUGGAGCAGGAAUUCUAACAGAUAGAGGUCCAUCUACAAGAACAGGAGCUUCCCUGAGCACCCAUUCAGCUGAUCCCAAACACCAAACCUUGUCACUAGUUCUCUGGCUGACCCAGACCACAGUCCCUGGAAAAGAUGUAGAGCUGGGUCUCACAUAAUGGUUCAUAUGGACCUCCUGAGGCCAAUAGGACUGUGCAGGUGAUUCAUGAAGAACUAGAGGUGGAAACUGGGGUGGGUGGAGGAGUAUGAUGCUGAGGAUGGGAAAUGUCCAAAGGAACGAUGAACCGGAGACAGAGAGGGCCUGUUCAUGGACAGAGAGCAGCUGCCUUUCCUGUGAGGAAACAAUUGAUUUAAAAAUUGAUUUGAAAAGGCUGUAUUCCAAGAUCAUGCUACUUUAUUAACAAUGAUUGAGGAUUAUGAAAGGUUGCUGAUGCAUUACUAUCAUUUGACAUCAUUGCAUUUUCAUUUCCUGAAAGUUGGGAACAUGGGUAGGAGGCUGGACAAGGUAGGAGAUGUUGAAAUAAGAAAAGGUGGUAAUGGUGCUUGAUGUGUUCUCUUUCCCUUUGUUCUCUUCCUUGAAAACCAAACAGGAUUCCCUUUCCUCCCACUCUGAAGAAGGAGAUGGAGAAGAACGUCAGAAUUCCGGGUGA